AUGACGGAACCUGGAAGCAAUGAUGAAAUGUCGGACAACGAAGAGGAGAUUGAGGAGAAAUCUGAGAGUGAAGGGAGUGAUUAUUCCCCCAACAAAAAGAAGAAGAAAAAAUUGAAGGACAAGAAGGAGAAAAAGCCAAAACGGAAAAAGAAGGAUGAAGAGGAGGAUGACAAUGAGGAUGGAGGUCUAAAGGAGCCCAAGAGCUCAGCGCAGCUGAUGGAAGAAUGGGGCCUCGAUGAUGUAGAUUACAUGUUCUCAGAAGAAGAUUAUCAUACUCUGACUAAUUACAAGGCUUUCAGCCAGUUUCUCAGGCCUCUGAUUGCCAAGAAGAACCCCAAGAUCCCCAUGUCCAAGAUGAUGACCGUGCUCGGUGCCAAGUGGCGAGAGUUCAGUGCCAACAACCCGUUCAAGGGCAGCUCGGCAGCAGCGGCAGCAGCGGCCGUGCCAGCCGCAUCUUCAGGUCCAGGCGUGCGGAAGAAAAUCAAGGGCUCCAAAGAUGGGAAGAAAAAGGGGAAGGGGAAAAAGAUGGCAGGCCUGAAAUUCCGGUUUGGAGGAAUCCCCAGCAAAAGGAAAAAGGGCUCCUCCAGUGAAGAGGAGGAACGCGAGGAAUCCGACUUCGACAGCGCCAGCAUCAACAGCUCCUCCGUGCGCUCCGAGUGCUCGGCCGGCCUGGGGAAGAGAGGGAAGAGGAGGAGAAAGAAAAAGAGGAUGGAAGAAGGGGACGGGUAUGAGACGGACCACCAGGACUACUGUGAGGUGUGCCAGCAGGGAGGGGAGAUCAUCCUGUGCGACACGUGUCCUCGUGCCUACCACCUCGUCUGCCUGGACCCCGAGCUGGAGAAGGCCCCCGAGGGCAAGUGGAGCUGCCCCCACUGUGAGAAGGAGGGCAUCCAGUGGGAGCCGAAGGAGGAGGAGGACGAGGAUGAGGAAGGCGGCGAGGAGGAGGAGGAUGACCACAUGGAGUUCUGCCGGGUCUGUAAGGACGGAGGGGAGCUGCUGUGCUGUGACACCUGCCCGUCCUCCUACCACCUCCACUGCCUCAACCCGCCGCUGCCAGAAAUACCAAAUGGGGAAUGGCUCUGCCCUCGCUGUACACCUGGACAAAAUGGGAAUGACAUUGGAAAUGUUUUCUUUGAUAAAAAGGGAGACGUCCAUUACCUGAUCAAGUGGAAAGACCUGCCGUAUGACCAGUGCACCUGGGAGAUCGACGCCGAGCCGGGGCAGCUGCGCAGGCGUUUGGGAUGGCUGGGGACUCGUCGGGAGCUGAUGCUGGGGGAGGACACGCGCCCUCUGAAGAAGCUGAACAAGAAAGGGAAGAAGCUGAAAGAGGAGAAGCUGGAAAAGCCUCCAGAAAAGCAGCUGGUGGAUCCUACAGUGAAGUUUGACAAGCAGCCGUGGUACAUCGACGCCACGGGAGGCACGCUCCAUCCUUACCAGCUGGAAGGGCUAAACUGGCUGAGGUUUUCCUGGGCCCAAGGGACAGACACCAUCCUGGCCGACGAGAUGGGGCUGGGGAAGACUGUGCAGACCAUUGUGUUCUUGUAUUCCCUGUACAAGGAGGGCCACUCGAAAGGGCCGUAUCUGGUCAGCGCCCCUCUCUCCACCAUCAUCAACUGGGAGCGUGAGUUUGAGAUGUGGGCACCUGACUUCUACGUCGUGACCUACACGGGGGACAAAGAAAGCCGGUCGGUCAUCCGGGAAAAUGAGUUUUCUUUCGAAGACAACGCCAUCCGGAGUGGAAAGAAGGUCUUCCGGAUGAAGAAGGAAGCCCAGAUCAAGUUCCAUGUCCUGCUCACCUCCUAUGAGCUGAUCACUAUUGACCAGGCGGUGCUGGGCUCCAUAGAGUGGGCCUGUCUGGUGGUGGAUGAAGCCCACCGGCUGAAGAACAACCAGUCCAAAUUCUUCAGAGUAUUAAACAGCUACAAGAUCGAUUACAAGCUGCUGCUCACUGGGACUCCGCUCCAGAACAACUUGGAAGAGCUCUUCCACCUGCUCAAUUUCCUGACUCCCGAGAGGUUUAAUAACCUGGAGGGGUUCCUGGAGGAGUUUGCAGACAUCUCCAAGGAGGACCAGAUCAAAAAGCUCCACGAUCUGCUGGGUCCCCACAUGCUGCGGCGGCUCAAGGCGGACGUCUUCAAGAACAUGCCCGCCAAGACGGAGCUGAUUGUGAGAGUGGAGCUGAGCCAGAUGCAGAAGAAGUACUACAAAUUCAUACUGACGAGGAAUUUCGAAGCCCUGAAUUCAAAAGGUGGUGGGAACCAGGUCUCGCUGCUCAACAUCAUGAUGGACCUGAAGAAGUGCUGUAAUCACCCGUACCUCUUCCCCGUGGCGGCGGUGGAGGCGCCGGUUCUGCCCAAUGGAUCUUAUGAUGGGAAUUCUUUGGUCAAAUCUUCUGGGAAACUGAUGCUGCUCCAAAAGAUGCUGAAGAAGUUACGGGAUGGGGGUCACAGAGUUCUGAUCUUCUCCCAGGUGACGCGGCACUGCACCUUUCUGCGUCAGCAGCGCUCCUUUCUGUCUCACCGUUUGCCACCUGUGGGUUUGUCUUUCUCAGCUCCUGGUGCUCAGCAGUUCUGCUUUCUCCUCUCUACCCGCGCCGGCGGUCUGGGCAUAAACCUUGCUACAGCCGACACAGUCAUUAUUUAUGAUUCUGACUGGAAUCCCCACAAUGACAUCCAGGCGUUCAGCAGAGCUCACCGCAUCGGGCAGAACAAGAAGGUGAUGAUCUACCGCUUUGUGACCAGAGCCUCCGUGGAGGAGCGCAUCACCCAGGUGGCCAAGAGGAAGAUGAUGCUCACCCACCUGGUAGUCCGCCCGGGGCUCGGCUCCAAGUCAGGCUCCAUGACCAAGCAAGAGCUGGACGACAUCCUCAAGUUUGGGACAGAAGAGCUCUUCAAGGACGAUGUGGAAGGCAUGGUGUCUCAGGGACAGCGGAUCGCCAUGCCGGAUGCUGUCACCCCUUUCUCUGACACGCUGUCAACCAAAGGGGGUGCGGCGACUCCUGGCGUGAAAAAAAAGCACGGGGGCCCCCCACCAGGUGACAAUAAGGACGUGGAUGACAGCAGUGUGAUCCACUACGACGACGCUGCCAUCUCCAAGCUUCUGGACCGAAACCAGGAUGCAACUGAUGACACGGAGCUGCAGAACAUGAACGAGUAUCUCAGCUCCUUUAAAGUGGCCCAGUAUGUUGUGAGAGAAGAGGACGGUGUGGAGGAGGUGGAACGCGAGAUCAUCAAGCAGGAGGAGAACGUGGACCCUGACUACUGGGAGAAGCUGCUGCGGCACCACUACGAGCAGCAGCAGGAAGAUCUGGCCAGGAACUUGGGGAAGGGGAAGAGGAUCCGCAAGCAGGUCAACUACAACGACACCUCGCAGGAGGACCAAGAGUGGCAGGACGAGCUCUCUGACAACCAGUCGGAGUACUCCAUUGGCUCCGAGGACGAGGACGAAGACUUUGAGGAGAGGCCAGAAGGUCAGAGUGGCAGAAGACAAUCCCGGAGACAGCUGAAGAGUGACCGGGACAAGCCUCUCCCGCCUUUGCUGGCAAGAGUUGGGGGGAAUAUCGAGGUUCUCGGCUUCAACGCCCGCCAGCGGAAGGCUUUCCUGAACGCCAUCAUGCGCUGGGGCAUGCCGCCCCAGGACGCUUUCAACUCUCACUGGCUGGUCCGGGACCUGCGAGGGAAGAGCGAGAAGGAGUUCAGGGCGUACGUCUCUCUCUUCAUGAGACAUUUGUGUGAGCCUGGAGCAGACGGUGCCGAAACCUUUGCGGACGGCGUUCCCCGGGAGGGGCUGUCGCGGCAGCACGUGCUGACUCGGAUAGGAGUCAUGUCGCUAGUAAGGAAGAAGGUUCAGGAGUUUGAGCAUGUCAACGGGAAGUACAGCACCCCAGAUCUGAUUCUCGAGGGCCCAGAGAGCAAGAAGUCCAGUGAGGUGGUGUCGUCAGAUCCCAACACCCCCGUCCCGGCCAGCCCAGCCCAUGUGCACGCAGGAGCUGUGGCCCUUGCAGACAAACCAGAAGCACAGCUCGGGUUCCAGGAGGAGAAGGACCAAGUGGAGCAGAAGUCCAGGAAGGUGUCUGACAGCCAGGUGCCGGUGGGUGCUGAGAAGGUGGAAAGCGAAGAGCACCCAGAGAGCUGCGACAGCAAAGAGAAACUGAAGGAAGAGAAGCAAGAGGAGAGUGAAAAAGCUGAGCCUUCUCCCGAGCCGCUGGUGAAAGAUGAGGGAGUUCAAGAGAAAGAGAAGCCUUUGGAGAAGCUGGAGGUGAACAGCAGCCCGGGCAAAGGGGAGGACAAAGAAGUCAAACCAGAGGACGCCAAGGUGGAGGAAAAGGAGGAAAGCGAGGGUCAGCAAAACGGUGACAAAGAGGAAGAGGAGGAUGGAAAGAAGGAUGACAGAAACCUGAGCUUCCGAUUCAUGUUCAACAUUGCUGACGGUGGCUUCACAGAGCUGCACACGCUGUGGCAGAACGAGGAGAGGGCUGCCAUCUCCUCCGGCAAGGACAUCCAGAACGACCCGCGCUACGUGAUCCUCAACGAGCCGUUCAAGUCGGAGAUACACAAGGGGAACUACCUCGAGAUGAAGAACAAGUUCCUUGCCCGGCGGUUCAAGUUGCUGGAGCAGGCCCUGGUGAUCGAGGAGCAGCUGCGGCGGGCUGCGUACCUCAACAUGACCCAAGACCCCAGUCACCCGGCCAUGGCCUUGAACGCCCGUCUGGCUGAAGUGGAGUGCCUUGCCGAGAGCCACCAGCAUCUCUCGAAAGAGUCCCUGGCGGGGAACAAGCCUGCGAAUGCCGUCCUGCACAAGGGUGGCUCCUUCGGCUCAUCCCAGAUCUACAGCAACAGCUUCGGGCCGAACUUCCGAGGUCCCGGGCCGGGCGGGAUCGUCAACUACAGCCAGAUGCCUCUGGGACCCUACGUGACCG